GCAGGUGAACAGCUGGUUAGCCAGUAGCCAGAGAUGGAAUGGUGGCUGCUGGGGUGAUGUGUAUUGUAGUUUACGAAUUAAUGGAGGGAUUCUGUGGUUAAAUAACAAAGGACAAUGGGCAGAAUAUAGGGGUGGACAUGUAAUCUGCUUGAAAAGGAAGCAUGUAUAUUUUUUACAUGAACAGUUUUUUAAAAAAAAUAAUAACAACAGAGAGGUAGCUGUAGACAGACAUAAGUAAUCACCUUUAACUAAAAAGCAGCACAUAUAUUCGAUUUGCACAAUGGGCAGAGACCACCUUACCACCCUGGGCUGUGCUUAGGGAAAGUCUUUCGAGGGAGGUGCUUCUGUAUAUUACCAGCCCACUGCACUGCUUUGCACAGAAGGUCUGGCAGCAUCAGCACAGUGAGAGAGCCAAAACAGGGUAAUACUGGCAUAUCAAGAGGACAUGGCACAAAUCCAACAACCAGAACCAGCAAAGCAGGACAAAUCAAACACGGAGGCAUUAACUAAAGAGAUAGACCUGGUGCAAAGGGACCCCAAAAAGAUCAACCAAGAGGUUGUGCAGGUGGACUUUGAAGAUGUAAUUGCAGAGCCGGAUGGCACACACAGUUUUGACGGAGUGUGGAAGGCCAGCAGUACCACCUUCACUGUGACCAAAUACUGGUGCUACCGAAUGCUCUCUGCUAUCUUUGGACUCCCUUUGGCGCUGCUCUGGGGCUUUGUCUUCGCUUGCUUAUCAUUCUGCCAUAUCUGGGCUGUGGUGCCUUGUGUGAAGAGCUAUUUAAUCGAAGUGCAGUGCCUUGGACAGUUCUACGCCAUCUGUGUUCGCACCUUCUGUGAUCCAAUAUUUGAGGCUGUGGGAAAGGUCCUGGGUGGAAUCCGUGUAGCACUGAGAAAAGAAGUCUGAGCAUAAACACUUGUUCCUCUUUCUCCUAUGGAACACCCAGCCAACUCCCUCCAUUAAUUUCAGAGCACCCCGGUGGUCUCAUUGCUCUGCAGUGAGCUACAGUGCUCUGUAAAACCAUAUAUUUUUUUUUACCUUAAACUUAUGGGCUGCAAGUAAGGCUAAAUAAAACAGUAACAAGAUUCUCAGGCAAAAAGAGAUAUAAACACAUUUUUAUUAGCAUUGCUUUAUAAGCACAAAUAGCUGGAAUUAAAUGGGAACCAGAACAGGGUGUAAGAAUACUUUUCUGGUACUCAAACACAAUGAGGAGAUAUGGGGGUAUAUUUAUCAAAGAGUGAAGUUAAUAGUGAAGUUCCGCCACUAGAGUGAAAUUCCGCCACUCUCCAUUCAUUUC